AUGAGCGAUCCCGACCUCACACCGAUCUCCAAAGUGCAGCAGCGGUUCACGGCUGUGGCUCAGCAGGAGUCGGAGAGCACUUUGCCCGUUAGCGUGUGUAGACCCGACCGCAGCGGAAUGUUUCUCAUCCAUUGCUUCGUCUGCGGAAGCCCGGUCACCCUGGGAAAGGAGUUGAGCUUACAGGCGAAAUACCAGCGAGAAAAGGAUGGUCCAUUUUUUCCUUUCCUGCAAGGCCAGGAACCGGCCCCAGGCGCACUAGAAAUCGGUCCGGACGGAGACGCUCUGGUGUGCGCCGUGUGCCAUUGCUUUUUGCGCGAACAGUGGAACUCAUUUCAGCGCAACAAGACACCCAUAGAGAAACGCAUGUACUGGCUUAAAAGACCGUACCAGUGCGACUCACGGAGCAUCUCGUGUGAUCUGGAGCGCAGAAUAAGCGUCGGCAACUUUGAUGCUAACGACUCGGACUACUCGUUCUCGGAUAAUGACAAUCUGUCCGAGCAGGACUUGGAUUUUUCGGGACGUGUUAUGAAUAAUAACAAUUCCGGCAAUGCGGCAAAGGACGGCGGCAGAAAAAACGCAGUGAGUAUUAAGAGCAGUCCCGAAUCAGUGGGCUGUCCUGUCAGACCGAGCGCAGCACAUGAUAUGCCCAAAUCAGACCGGCGUGAGACUAAGUUUAUCUCUCACACUUCGUGCUUAUCAGUAUCUAUGAUCCCACAUCAGAAUGACAUCCCUUCCAUGCGCACACCAGCUCCAGAUAACGCAAUAGUUAGAUGCAAUAAUGAUUGGAUACACGCGUCCGCUUGUGUUUCGGAAGCGUGCAACAGAUGCGAGAUCAACUUUACAAUUAACGAUGAGAGAGAGUGCGCGGCAUCAUCUCGCCUUAAUGCUGAGAGGAGUCGAGCAGCCAAACACCACUUAAGUGUUUUUGCUGAUGAAUGCGUCUGCUACAUUUGUGGAAGCAGGCUUUCAACAGGAGGCCACUUUAGGGUGUUUGUACAAAAGCAGGAGAGAGCUUCAUGUGACCCAUUCUUUCCUUUUCUGUGUCUCCGCACACCUCCACCUGGCGCUGUGCCCCUCAGUCCUGGUGGAUAUACACUGGUUUGUUCUACCUGUCACUCCUCACUCACCCAGCAGUGGCAGAAGUUUGAGGUGGCAGAUGUACCUGUGCACCAGCGACUGUACGUCGUCCCCCUCUGUGCUAGUGUUGCCACUCGCCUCAGUCCACCAGUCAUGGAAGAAUCUGAGGACGGGCUGCCCAAAGUCCAUCCACUUCUCUCCAUGCAACGUAAUCUAAGUGAAGCUUGCUACUUAUGUGGGCAGGACUGCAGGCGAGAGAUCAAGGUGGUGUAUGCCCAUUCAAAUAAUGCCUGCAGAGCGAUGUACUUCCCUUUCAUAAACCUGUUACCAUGCCCACCAAAUGCUCAGAGCAUGCAUAAUGGACAGGUACGCUGUUGUAUUGUGUGUCACCGAAUCUUAGAAGAUGUCUGGGCGGACUAUUGCCUCUGUCUGAGGGAGGAGCUUAUUACAUCUGUCAGCACCUUCCUUGGGAGAUACCACCUGGCCAUGGGCAGAGGAGAAGUCUUGGCAUCAGCCUCAAGUGGACCCCUGUCAACCUCUUGUCAGUCAGUUACAACAACCACAAACCACACCUCCAUCUGUUACUUAUGUGGGGAGGACCUCUCUGGAGGAAUAGAGUAUCAGCUUCAUGUUAACCCUCCAGGCCGUUGCGGGGAGCGAGAACCUUUCUUUCCCUUCCUAACUAUACACCCACCAGCCCCUCGUGCCCGCCCGGCUGAUGCUACAGGCCUUGUGUCAGCCUGCGUGCUGUGUUAUCAUGAUUUGCUGGGCCAGUGGACCCAACAUGAGAGUCAGGGCUCUGGAACAGGGACACCCAGCAGCCCCUGGUCACGCCAGUAUAGCUGCAACACCUUUGUCUGCUUCUUCUGCAGGAAAGAGAAGAAGAGGACUCUUGGACUGAAAGGGGUGAGUGUAGCUCGCCUACCUGUUUUCCUAUAUGCUCCGAGGGUCAGUCAGAUGCUGGUGAUUGACAGUGGAAAGCAGCUAACCAUUGGCUCCUGUUUGGAAUGUAAGUCCACGGUUCUGACUGGAAACAAGAUAAAGACAGUUGGUGGGACUGCAGUUUUAAAACACAAGGUUUUGACUGUGGAGUCGGCCAGUAGCAAGGAUGUAGAAAGUGGGCAGUCACUGGUCACUGCAGGAGAUGCCUCAGAGAAAGACCAAACAACAUCAUUGAAAACCAGACUCACCUCUGUCCCCUCACCUCACUGCCACCUGAAAUUGGAAAAAAGAGAAAAAUCAACAUCCAGCAUGAGCCAUGAGCCAAAAUCACCAUCAUUAGGCAUGAUUUCCACGGCGACCCGCACCACAGCGACUGUCAGCCCCCUCACCCCAUCUCCUUUAAACGGUUCAGUUGUGCCUAAUGGCAGCCCUGCAUCUCAGUCCACUCACUCUGGUUUCGCUGCCGCCCUCCGCAAGCUGGCCAAACAGGCCGAGGAACCUAGAGCAGCGUCCUCGAUCAGCAGCGAGUCAUCUCCUGUCUCGUCUCCGGCCACUAACCACAGCUCCCCGGUCAGUACACCCAAGCGUGGCCCCAUGGGUCCGGUUAUCGUGCCUCCCAGUGGUCACAGUGUACCCAGUACCCCACCCGUGGUCACCAUCGCCCCCACCAAAACUGUCAAUGGCCUGUGGAGAAGCGAGAGUCGACCAGUUCGAGAGGCCGAGUCUGGGAAUCGUGGCAUCAGUCGUGACAGGUUAACUUCAGAGACUCCUGCAAGCCAGGAGAAAGGAGGUCCCACAAUCCCAGCCCACUUGAUUGGAAACCCUUAUGCAUUUGGCCUGACCCCUGCAUCUGUGAUGCAAGAUUCACGCUUUCAGCCUCUUAAUCUGCCCCGUCAGAUGUCUCAUGCCGUUCCCCCGGCCGGUGUUCCAGAGGAGUACCUGAGAGGAUUCCGUCCUUAUGCCACAGCCGAGGAGCUCCGCAUGCCCUCAUUGCCACUGGGGCUGGAUCCUGCCACUGCUGCUGCCGCCGCCGCAGCAUAUUACCACACUGGAUAUCUGCCCCACCCUUCCUUCUCACACUACAGAAUGGAUGAUCCGUUCUGUCUGUCAGCACUGAGGUCUCCAUUUUAUCCCAUGCCUGCAGGGGGCGCUCUACCCCCUCUACACCCAUCAGCUGUACCCAUGCACCUGCCGGGGGUCCGUUACCCUGGAGACCUGAGCCACCCGACACUGUCCAGCCUUCAGUCCGAGCGUCUGUCUGAGAGGCUCCAGAUGGAGGAUGAGCUGCGGCAGAGAGACCGAGAGCGUGAGAGAGAGAAAGAGAGAGAACGAGAGGCCGAACGAGAAAAAGAACGUGAACGAGAGAGGGAGCGAGAGAUAGAGCUGGAGCGUGAAAGAGAACGAGAGAGAGAACGCGAGCGAGAGAGAGAACGCGAGCGAGAGAGAGAACGAGAGCGAGAGAGGGAGCGUGAGAGGGAACGGGAGAGAGAACUUGAGCGGCAUAAGGAGAGGGCAGCGAGGGAGAAGGCCAUGGAGAGCCACUAUCUGGAGCUUCAUGCGCUGAGGGGCCCUGCAGAUGACAGAGCCAAACCUACUGACCGAAUCCCUGCAAACAGAGCUGAUAAAACCAAAGAGCCUACCCUCUCCACCCCUAAACCCAUCCAACCUACUCUGCACCACCCUCUAAAUUCCACCCAUCAUCCUGUGCCCAGCCUCGUCUCUGCCCAUGGCUUGUACCUAGGCCCCGCAGGCACAGGACCUGGCAGUUUGACAGCAGCCAGCAUGCUGCAGCGCACCAAUGAGGAAGAGCGCUGGUUGGCCCGGCAACGGAAGUUACGGCAAGAGAAAGAGGACAGGCAGUACCAGGUGUCUGAGUUCCGUCAGCAGGUUCUGGAGCAGCAUCUGGACUUGGGCAGGCCGGGAGAGAGUGGCGACCUGCAGACAGACGGACACCGACCUGUAUCACGAGACCAACACGAGACUAGCAGCAGAGAUCGGGAAAAAGACAGAGAACCUCCUCACCUGGGAGCUCCGCCCCCUCUCAUCUCCCCAAAGCACCAGCACAGAGACCACGCCCCUCCACCCACCACGCUCUGGAACCCCGCAUCGCUCAUAGAGACCUCCACUGACUCCAGACGCCCCUUGCAUGACCACCCGGGCCUAGGUCCCUAUGAUAUCAACCAGCUUCCUGUACCGCCAUCCAAACACGACCGCCAUUACAACCCAGAAAAGCUGGAAGAGGGACCUCGGAAAAGGAACGAUCUGGACAAAUAUCCACCGGUCCGACCAAGUGGCUUCUCUGAGCCAAACACCUUUUUAGUGGAGCUGGAGAAAUCCACCCAGAGCUUCCUAAACCAGCAUAGGGUGCCGGUGAGUCUGUCUGGUGCAUACCGAGAGUUGGGCGCGAGUCUUGGGCCCAGCGGAUCAUUUAUGCGCCUCCAGGGUCUUUCAUGUCUCGCGCCUGAUGGUCUGUUUGUGUACGAUGAGUUCCUGCAGCAACACAGACGAGCUGUCAGCAAACUGGACCUGGAGGAGAGAAGACGCAGAGAAGCCCGAGAGAAAGGUUAUUACUAUGAGCUGGAUGACUCCUACGAUGAGAGUGAUGAAGAAGACGUGAGAGCUCAUCUCAGGAGGGUCGCCGACCAACCGCCUCUCAAACUAGAUGAUUCUGCUGAGAAGGUACAGUUUUUGCAGAUGUUUGGUCUGACCACUCUGGCUCGUCGAGAGGAGAUGAUGGAGGUAAAGAGGAGAAAGAGGAGGCAUAUGCUGAGAGAGAGGAGUCCCUCCCCACCAGCCAUCCUCAGCAAACGGCCCAUUACUGCUCCCCUGAGCACUCGCUUCACCCCAGAGGACAUGAACAACAGCUCCGAGCUGGAGGACAAGAAGCGCUUCCUCACCAUCUUCAGCCUCAACCACAUCACACAGCAGCAGAGGAAAGAUAACGAGAGGGCUGAGGAGUUGUUGCAGGCCAUCAGACAGAAGAACAUUACUCUGGACAGCGUCAGACACAACCCUCACCCGCUGUGCAGGAGCCCUGAAGCCCUGUGCGCCGACCAAUCAUCUCAGUCCCCAGUCCAAUAUGAAGAGCUAGUGAACAGACGGCCCCCCAGUCCCUCCCCCUGUGUAUCUGGGCCCCCGCCCCCCACGGAUUCCCUCUCCAGCCCAGAGCCCCUGAGACCGAGAGAGCCUCCCCUGCCUGCUGUGUUAUCUGAUAAGGGCAGAGUCAGUGACCCCAUCCCAGGCAAGAGCUCUAGUCUACUGAGUAGUAUGCGACAGCCACUGUUCACUAAAGAGCGCUCUGCUGGUGUCAACGGAAAGACCAAACCCUGGGAAAGUUUUACAGCAGAGAAGUUUGCCCAGCAGUUCCACGAGUCUGUGCUGCAGUCCACACAAAAAGCCCUGCAGAGGAGCAAAGGUGGUGCCUCAGUCACUUCAGAGCAGAGCCAUGCAGCAGAUUCGUCUGUGCAUUAUAACAUUCCUGAGCUACAAAGCACACCUGGCCGCUCGAAAGCACACUCGCAGCCGUCCUCUCAGACCAACGGCCAGCACGGCCCUCCACCGCCCUGCCAACAGGAGCUCUCAGCUGAGGAGGAGUCUGAGGAAUAUGAAUCAGAGGAGGAGGAAGCCUCCCCGCCCAGGUGGCAGGGCAUUGAAGCCAUCUUUGAAGCUUAUCAGGAGUAUGCAGAAGAGCAAAGCAUUGAGAGGCAGGUUCUUCACAGUCAGUGUAGAUGGCUGGAGACUCAUCACUAUAAUCUCAGCCUAACAGCAGAACAGCUCUCACACUCGAUGGGGGAGCUGAUGGCUCAAAAGCAGAAGCUGGCAGCCGAAAGGGAGAAGCUACACGCUGAGCUAGAGCACUUUAAGAAGUGCCUGACACUGCCGCAGACUCCCUGGUCUAGGGCCCACUUCAAGGGCUAUCCACCCAGGUGACACCCUACAGGACCACUAACCACCCACCCAGACCAUCAUCCACACCCCAGCUAAACUCCCAUCCCCAGACUCCUGCUGUGUCCACUCGAAGAACUUGAAGAGAGAUGGUUGAACAGAAAAUCUGGCCCGUGAAGGUGCCACCCGCUGAACUCCGUGAACACAGAAAACCUCCAAACACAUCCAACUACAGGGACAGCCACAUAUUAUCACAUAGAGAACAGAACGCCAAACCAAAUGCAGCUCUGCCCACCUGCCAUCUCUCUUCACUGUGGAGAGCACACCAAGAAAUGCACUUAAAGACCCUGAUAAACUGUCUGGUGGUACUGUGACAGACAACUUGUGAUCUUGGCAAGCAGAAAAUGCACAUUCAAAUAAAUAAAAAAACAUCAAAUAAAUAAAAGAAAAAUGUUUUAUUUCAAGAUUUAGAAUAAAAGUUUUUAAAGAGGUGCUUCAGCAUUGUAUUGUAAAUAAUAUCAAGACAACAACAAAAAAGGCUUUUGUAUGUUUUUAAUUCAUUUUUCUUUGGAAGAAAAACAGCCUGCCAUUUUUCUUAUAUUCGCUCGGCUGCUCACUUGUUCACUUCCUCUUUGUGUGAACUACAGUAGCAAUGGGCCCAGGACCUACCGCCAACUUCAUUUCCUCUUUACCCACAAGGCCAUGCAUCAUCACUCCAAAUAAUUGAAGUGCUGCGUUCUGAUGACCCCCCCACCAAUGUAUGACCCAUGAUACCUACUUUCAUUUCUCAACAACUAGAGUUGCCACCUGUCUCACGUUCUGGACUGUGUUUUUUGUUCAGUCAUGAAGCAGCAUGCAGCAAUCGUCUUUGGAUUUCAGUUUCCUACUGUAAGAUUUAAGGGCAUCUAUAUUACAUAUGGCAAUCUCAAUAUUUUGCUCACCUAUGUACACUGAGACAUUGUUCGAGAGAUGUGGAGUUGUACUGUGCCAAAGUUUAAGAGGUGGCAUGCCAAAAAUGAUUAAAAGUGAAGAAUUCUUUGUCCUGCACAUCACAUUAAUGAAUUGGAACACUCCAAAGAAAGCCUAAGGAUGAUGUUCUUUGCCAAUUUAAUUUAUUACAAUUUUUGCCUUCACUGGUUAUCAAGGAGUUAUUUUAACAGCCCAAUUUCAAUGACAAAUGCAAUGAAUUUAGGCCUUAAACUGUACUGCCUGCCAUGUUUUUCUUGCCUUUUCUAGUAUUUUGGUAUUCGAUGUACAAAAUGAAACACCUGUUUGUUUUCAGUGGCUGCUGGCAUUUAACUCCACCUUCAUCAGAUGGGCUUAUGUUGCUCAUAAAUGACACAACACACAGAACGGUGUUAUAGACAUGCCAUCUUUUAAUCUAAUUUCACCUUGACGUUUAUUGUACAAGGUAAAAACGUGUCUGAAAUGCAUCUUCUAAGGAUUCUGGUUACGCUGUCAUUUCCUCUGGAUGGUUUGACCCCAAGCAGACGUGCCAUCAGUUUAUUUGUCUCAUGCCACAUAAAUGCCAUCUUCGGUGGUUUAAUGUUUACAAAUCGGAGGCUGGCCCUAAACAAUAUCAGCUGUUUGUGUUUCUCUGCUUGAGGAAGCACUACCACAGCCUGAUCAGAACAGGCACAAAUCUGCCCACAUCUCAAACACAUGCACGCACCCCCAAACUCAAUGGAGGAUGUUAGAUGCUGUGAAACCAUGUUUUUUUAUGUACUACUUUUUUAUGUACUUGUUUGAAUUCAUUGUAAUGUAAUAUAUUCUUUGUUGAUUGUAGUACUUAGGUAUUUAUGAAUAUAUUGCUGUAAUUUGAAUUAUAAA